AGAGAGCAGCGGCAGCGCUCGGGCCGAGCAUCCCGGAGCGAGCAUCCCCAGCAUCCCGGGCAUCCCAGCGCGGCCGGGGCAGCGAGCAGAGCCUUUCCCCCGGGCGGACAUGAGGCGAGCGGGCAGCGGGAGCGCCGGGAGCCGCGGGGCAGCGCUGGUGCUGGCGCUGGCGCUGGCGGCGCUGCCCGCGGCCGUGUCCGGCUGCAGCUGCGCGCCCGCGCACCCGCAGCAGCUGCUCUGCGAUGCCGCGCUCGUGAUCAGAGCAAAAAUAUCCAGUGAAAAGGUGGUUCCUGCCAGUGAUGAUCCCCUUGAUACCCACAAAAUGAUCCGGUAUGAAAUCAAACAAAUAAAGAUGUUUAAAGGAUUUGAAAAGCUCAAGGAUGUCCAGUAUGUCUACACUCCUUUUGAUUCAUCACUCUGUGGAGUGAAACUAGAAGCCAACAACAAAAAACAGUACCUUCUAACAGGCCAAAUUUUAAGUGAUGGCAAAGUGCUGAUCCACUUGUGCAACUACAUUGAGCCGUGGGAUGAUUUAUCCUUGUCUCAGAAAAAGAGCCUGAACCAGAGGUACCAGAUGGGCUGUGGCUGCAAGAUCACCACGUGCUACACGGUGCCCUGCUCCAUCACGGCGCCCAACGAGUGCCUGUGGACGGACUGGCUGCUGGAGCGGCGGCUCUACGGGCACCAGGCCCGCCACUACGCCUGCAUCAAGCGCAGCGACGGCACCUGCAGCUGGUACCGGGGCGGGCCUCCCCCCGAGAAGGACUUCGUCGACAUCAGCGAACCCUGAGCGCUCCCCGCGCCCAAAAUCAGCCCCUGGGAGGCUCCUUCCAUCCCACCCACAGCCCCGGCUCCGAGCUGCCCGCGUGCCUGGCCUAGAAUCGAGCACCAGCUGUCCCCAAAGGGCCUGUGGGGCUGGCACUGGUGCAGGACGAGGGACAAACCUCCUGGAGGCACCUGCUCUGCUCUGUUAUGCUUUGCACAGAGGGCUGGCAACGUCCUCCAAGGCACAACAAACCCCCUUUUUGCCAAUAUGAAUGUACAAGAACAAAUUUUGACAGAAUUUUGCCCCCUGUUUUGAUCACCUGCAGAUUAAGAGCUCCCUGUGUUUCAUUCCAAAUCUUUCCGAUGAACUACGGGAUGUUUUAUAGAACUUUUUUUUUUUUUUUUCUGUAUGAAAGUCUUGAAUAUGAAAGAACUAUUGUACAGUGUAUAUGUAAAGUAUUAUAACAAUGUGCUAUUAAAAAAAAAGGAUUCACAAAUAUUUCCUUAUCUGUUGAAACAAGUUGAACACUUCUGUGAUUAAAACAAUCUGUGCUCCACAUUUUGUACUUUCCUUAUGUCACAGCUUCCUUUAUCCACAGAGUUGUAACUUCCAUUGAUGACUAAAUCAAGAAACAGCCCUCAUAAUCAAAACCCCUUUCAAAAGUCAGCAUUCCUAUGGACUAACCACACCUUGCUGAAGGAAAAGUCAGAUUUUUAAUCCAUAGGUUAAAGCAUUAAUCCAUAGAUUUAAGCUUUCCAUGGAACAAAUUCCAAGCCCAAAACUGCUCAGAGCUACAAAAACCAUGUCCAUCCUCAGGACAGCUGCAGCCCUUAAAACCUCCCUAAAUACAUGACCGGUACUUGUAUCCCAGCACUGUUAAAACUUUGGAAACUCACCUGAAAAUACAUGCAAUAAAUAUUGCAUAACUUACACUGCAGUGAUUUCUGGAAGCUCUCAGAUAUGUGACCCUAUUUAAUAGGAUUUAAUUGUUUUUCAUUCAUGAACACCCACCAUACCCUGCCAGUGAAUUUGGCUACUUGUGAACUCAAACUAGAGAAGAGUUACAGCACAUUUUGCCUGUAACUUUUUUAGUGUCAUAACUUUCCUGAAUUGGUGACUGGAGUUAGUAACUAAUCCUUCACACACAUAUUUAAGGUU